UACGCAAGCGAUCCAGUCCAUUUAGCAUCGAUCCAUCCCAGCACAGCACUUUGCUAAGUGCUAACCUCACACAAUGUCUACCACUAAGCUUGUGUCGCUUAGCUUAGUUCUCCUCUUCAGCAUUGGGUUAGCCAGCGCAGCCAGGAUAGCUAGAUACUCUACUUCUCAAGGAACAGGCACCGGAGGGGGGCAGGGUGGCGGAGCCGUGAACGGCGGCGGUGGAGGAAGCGGGGGUGGCCAGGGAAACGCUUGGAGUGGGACCGGCGGAUCCCACGCUAGCGCUGGAGGCGGCGGCAGCGGCGGCGGUGUGGCACGGCCAGGUGGUUCUGGGUUUGGCAGUGGGUACGGCGGCGGCUCAAGCUCCAGCCAGACGAACCAAGGGUCGUGGCCUUAUGGUGGUAAUGGCGGGAGCUCAAGCGCUGGUGGUUCCGGCGGCGGCGGCGGUGGUGGAGAAGUAGACGACGACGAAGACUGCCCUGCUGACUCCGCUGGCUAUGGCACCGGUGGUGGCACUGGGUCUGGCUCUAGUGAGGCAGAUAACGGUCACACAAAUGCAAACGCCUCUGGUAACGGGGGCGGCGAGGGUGGUGGUAAAAACGGUGGAACCGGCGGCGGCCAAGGCAGUGGAAACGGUUACGGUGAUGCGAACCCUUAAGCUAUUUCUUCACGCAAAUAAACGCGAGCAAGCCUGCAAGGGCGCAAAGCCGCAAAUUAUUUUCUUUCACCGCUGUCUCGUGCCAUUUUUACUUUUUGUGAUUGUUUUUGUACGUUUCUAUGUAUUACGGCAAAUAAUAAAGUGAAAAGUGUAUUUUUUCCCCGUCA